AUGGUACAUCACCCAGAGAACUCCGCUACUCAAGAGAACUGUGACUAUGAACUCUAUGCGGUUGUGGACCGUGUGGGCAGUCUAAUAGAUGGUCAUUACACGGCUACAAUCAUGUCCCAUGAUGAUCACAACUGGUAUGUCUUUGAUGAUACUAAAGUCAGACAGGUUCUUAUUGGUCAGUGCCAUAGCCAUCAGGCACAACGGCUCACAGUUGCUAAGGCGCACUCUGACCUGACCGUGUUCCAAAAGAAGCAUGACGUCAACCCUCUCCGUGGCUCCCUCUGGUGCAGUCUUCAUCUUCAUUGCUCUCAGAAAGACGUCCUACCUCCCCGUCCCCAGUAUGCAGACAGGAGGGUGCUUGUGGUUCUUAGACCCCUUCUACAUCCUCCCCAUCGCUGUGACCGGAACAAGGUUUGCCAUUCUGGAGCUGGUGUGGAUAACCCUAACCUGAAAGCCAUGAAGACAGUGUUCAGAAUCACGCGCUUCGUCAUCCUCACCAUCAACUUCCCCACGGUGGUGUUUACGUACUGGUUGACGUCCAACUGCUUCUCCCUGGCCCAGGUGGCCCUGCUCAAACACCCACUGGUCAGGCAGAACCUGAGGAUCCCAGAGAGGAUCAAACACCCGGUCUCUGCCCUGCCCCAGAACGAAGGCUUCAUCGACACCAUCAAGAAGGGCUGGAAGAACGCUCAACUGGCCCAGCAGUUAGAGGAGAGGAGGAUGAAGAGCCACCUGGACAUCGCUUCUAAAGGUCCACUGGGGCAGACCUUCACCCACAACCCUCUACAGCUGUCAACACCUUCCAUUACAGCAACAACAACCAAGUCAGCCAAAGCAAAACAAGCGGCCCCGGCAACCGGUGGUAAGAAGAGACCACGGGAGGAGACUAAUGAUUGAAGCUGAGUGUUUGCAGGCCCAAUGAAUCAUGUGUACAUAUUUAUUGUGGGGGAUUGGUAGAGGACGUGAGGGUUUAUCGUUUAUAAAUGUAAUAUUCUAAAUAAAGAGCUAACUUCUGUUGCCUUAUAAUGUCUGUUUGCAUUAUGAUAACCUGGAUUGUUAUUUGAAAUCAUGAAAUC